CCUGGUUUGACUCACAUAUGCAUUUUAACUGAGUUGCGGUGUGUGUAAUUGUUACACAUCCACUUAUAAUUUUUAACUCCAUUGUUUCAGUAUUUUCCGAUUCUGAAUGUGUUGAUUGAAAGCUUAACACAAAUGAACAAAACACUGCGGUCAUUUUUAAACUCCUUAUUUCUCAGCCUGAACAAGGAUGUGCCAAUCACUGGUCACUCCCACUCACUGCAUAUCUGUGCACUGAUCUGUUCAGCAUUGUACAAAUGCAUCCCGGGGCCUUUCCCAUCCAUAUUUAGAGAUUUUUUGUUGUUGUUUUUUGUUCUUUGACUGUGAUACUCAGACACAACUGGAAUUUAAAUCAAGCCCCUGAAAAGGGAAGCAUUGCUCUUGGUGCCAGCGACUCAGUAUCCCAAACUUUCAAUAGACCAGCCAGUUAUAUAAAUAAAGGCAGGAAUGUCCUAAUGACAUUCACAGAGCUAUCAUAUAUUUCCCAGUGAUAUCUAUCUGGCACAAACUUGAUCUUAUGAAGGAGGAGGGGAAAAACAGGAUUUGUUUAAUUAACUGCAUUAUCACUGCAAUGCAUGGAGGAGAUUCAGUUGGCUUCAUGAUUCUGACUUCAAACACUUUCAGAUUUCAGUAGAUGCAAAGGCGCCAGAAGUCUUUAAUCUUGCACUUUCUCUCACUUUUGGCUUUCUGUAUCAUGGCAUUUGAAUGGGCUGUCCCUGUGAAUGUCUGGAGCCACCCACACUGUCGUCUGGUUGCCAGAUGUACUGUAUUUCUUUGUGGCCCUUAGAAGGGUUAGAGCAGCUAUCCUGUCAAUGUGAGAAGAGAACCAGAGAGGCACUGAGCGAGAAAGAGAACAAAAGAGAUUAGCAAAUCUUCGGUAGUGGCUGAAGUUAAAACAAAAGGCUUUUAAUGUUAAGAUUCUGCUAGCAACAGGAAACUGAUUUCGUGUUGACAGGAUUUACACUUAAAGAGAGACCUGAACCCUUGCUGAAACUAAGAUGCAAAAACCUAAGGAUGUGACCACACGCGGCACAGCUGUGAGACCCACUGUGCAGAUUAUGGGUACGAGUGCCAGUGCAACUUCCCAGGCUGCUCCGUUUGCUCCUACACACCAGGCUGAUCACCAAGGGAAUGGCAUGGCUGAGCACAGACGCUCACUACAGUCUGUGAACAUUCACAACAGCAAAGCCAAAUCCAUCAUCACAAACAAAGUGGCCCCUGUUGUCAUCACAAAUAACUGCAGGGAAGAGUUUCAGAUUCAUGACAAGAUCCAAUCUGCCAACUACUCAAAGGGAAGGAUAUCUGACCUGUUGCCAGAGCACUACCUAGUGCUGGGGGAGUUUUUUAUGGUACAGGAUGUAUACAAUAGAGCUGAUGUCUUAAAUACUACAAAAAGCCACGGAGCCCCCAACUUCCGCAAGGUCAAGGGAAAAUACCCCCUUUUUGGAAUGGGUCAACCUAGCCUGAAUGGUUUCAAACAGGUCCUCCAGAGAUUGCAGAUUGACGGCUGUGAGGAGGUGAUUUUCAUCUGUGUGAGGGAGGAACCAGUGGUCUUCUUCCGCUCAGGUGGAGACUUUAUUCCGUACACUCCAAGAGGAAGAGAGAACCUACAUGAGAACCUGCAUGACCUAGACAGAGAGCUCAGUGCAGAGCAAAUAGAGCUCUCCAUCCGGAAAGAGUUGUGUGACUUUGCAAAGCUGAGUGAAAACAAGUUCUAUGUCUAUAAUGACAUUGAGCAUUUUAAAGAUGAACCUCAGCAGGUUCAGAUUCUGUCAGAAGAGGACAUUCAUGUCACUGAGGAGGUCUACAAAAGACCACUUUUCAGUCAACCACUGCACAGAUAUUACAGAUUACCGCUCCCUAUGGAAGGGGCCCCACUUGAGGAGACAUUUGAUGCCUUUGUUAAUAUACUCAGGCUGACCCCAAACCUCUUUUUGAUGCGGGACAGCUCCAGACCUCUGCCUGCACUGCUCUUCAGCUGCCAGAUGGGGGUGGGACGCACCAAUCUUGGCUUAAUCCUGGGAGCCAUAGUCUUCCAUCACCUGCAGGGGGCAGCAGAGAGCCCCAGGCAAGAAAUGCAGAAGAGUGAACACAAAUUGGAUUUCCAAGUGAUUGAGUUGCUGAUCAGUCGCCUACCUAAAGGUCAACAAGUCCUUGAUGAGGUUGACGAUGCUAUUGCCAUGUGCUCUGAUAUGCAUAAUAUAAAAGAUGCUGUGUUUGAAAACAAACUGAAGCUUGAAGGCAUUGGCGAUGAUUACCAGUUUCAAGGAAACAGCACAAAAGGCUAUUUCCUGCAAAGAACACUGCAAAGUCUUGAACGCUAUGUGUACUUACUAGUAUUCAGUGCAUAUCUUCAUGAACAGUAUCCACAGGCAUUUCCUCAGAGCUUCAGUCAGUGGCUCUGUAUGAAUGCUUGGAUCUACAGACUGCUGGCCUGCAUGAAUAGCUCUGAACUCUCAGCACCAGCCAGCCUUAUAACUGAUGGGAUUCGAGUUCUGGUGUCCAGUCAAUUUUUAGCAACAGAUUUGCUCAGUACAGCCAAGGAGAUGAAAGUGGCCAAUUUCAGACGUGUUUCCAAAAUGGCUCUAUAUGGGAUGGCCCAGCCAAACUCUGAGGCUGUGGCUGUCGUGAUGUCCUACCUGACAGACCAGAGGCGAGGGCACUCUACAAUUCUCUGGCUGAAUCUGCAAGAGGAGCUUGUGCUGGAGGCAAAUGGACAAACGUUCACCCCACGAGAGCCAGGCAGUCUAGAACAGCCUAUUGCAGUCUGUGUUCAACAUCCACAGAAGCUCCAGGAAAUGGAGCUGGCACUGAAGCAGGACAUCCUGAGGUGUGAGAAAUGGCUGGAGGUGAUUACAGAGCAGGAUAAACAGAUGAGAAUGUUUAAGACUUGUCAAACCAUUGAGGAGCUCUUUGUCCAUCAGAAGAGUGUUCAUCCUGGUCUGAGCUACCAACGGAUCCCUCUGUCUGAUUGCUGCGCACCUAAAGAAGAGGUUUUUGAGCAGUUGUUGGAGGCCAUGAAGAGCAGUCUGGCUGAAGACCCCAACUGUGCUUUCAUCUUCAACUGUCAUGAUGGGAAAGACCGAACUACUGCAGCCAUGGUCAUCGCCACUCUCACCCUGUGGCACAUUAAUGGCUUUCCUGAGUGUGAAGAAGAUGAGAUUGUAAGUGUCCCCGACGCCAAGUACACCAAAGGAGAGUUUGAGGUGGUAAUGCAGGUAGUAAGGGUGUUACCUGAUGGCCAUCGUGUGAAGAGAGAAGUGGACGUUGCUCUGGAUGUUGUUAGUGAGACGAUGACCCCCAUGCAUUAUCAUUUACGGGAAGUCAUCAUAUCCACUUACAGACAGAUUAAGAAGGCUAAAUCAGAGGCUGAUGCUCAGUGGUUGCGGUUAAGGAGUCUGCAGUACCUCGAGCGUUACAUUUAUCUCAUCCUGUUCAACUGCUACCUCCACCUGGAGAAGAAAGACUCCUGGAGGCGAUCCUUCAGCCAGUGGAUGUACCAGGUGGCAGCUAGAGCUGGUGUGUAUGCCAUCCUCAACCAUCUGGGCUUUUCUGAGUUUGAGAAUCCUGACGACUCUGUGAUGGCCAGGCUCCGUUUCCGCUGGCUCCCACACAGUGUCCAGUUUAUUCCCAUGCGAGGGCAACUUAUUUAGAAAGGCACAGUAUGUCAAACUAAAUACUGACUCAAAUUUCAUUAAUAUGUUUUUAUUACAAUUUCUGUCAGACUCAUUAAAUCAAGUGAUUUAAUGCAUCAUGUUAUCUUAUUUACAUUUUGGACUCUCUCUUUGACUUGGCAGUGUUAUGU